AUGGUGUCCGAAACUAUCGAGAAGGGGCCAUUGUACCCUGAUUAUUUGCCAUUUUACGACCCUCUGGAAAAGGUUGAACCCGUUGGCCCAUUUGAACACGAUGAUCCGGGACACCGUGCCGAUCCUUCAUUCCCAAAUCUCCUCAAGAAUGCAUCAAAGGUGGUAGAACUAAGUCCGCACUGCGGUACAGAGCUCCAGGGUGUCCAAAUUUCCGAUCUGUCUAAAGAAGGGCUUGAUGAGCUUGCACUUCUGUGCGCUGAAAGAGGUUGUCUGGUAUUUCGUGACCAAAAGUUCACAGACUUGGGCUUUGAGGAGCAGAAGGACAUUGCCUCUCAUUUUGGACCCCUGCAUAAACAUGGCUGGAUGCCGCAUCCUCAGAAUGGCCCCGUGGAAUUCGUUAUUGUUUAUGAUUCUAAAAACGAUCUACGUAUCCGCAAGUCAUGGGCAAGAAAGAGUCCGGUUCAAUUCCACGUCGACCAGUCCCCUGAAACCCAACCCCCAGGCGCGACCUUUUUCUGUAUGUUAGAGUCUCCACCGGGCGCCGGGGGAGACACCAUUAUCUCCAGCAUGACCCGUGCCUAUGAACGCCUUUCCCCCUCCUUCCGCAAGCGCCUCGAAGGCUUGAAAGCAAUUCACACCACCGCGAACCCCGUCAUGCGCGAGAUUCGAGAUAACGGCGAUAGUGCCGUGCUUCGACGCGGAAUUACUCGCUCUAUUCAUCCCGUCGUAGUCGUUCACCCAGUAACGAAGAAGAAAGCGCUCUUUGUCAAUUCUUCCUAUACUCAGAGCAUUGUCGGUUGGGAUGAGGAAGAAUCUGACUAUCUUCUCAAGUUCUUGUUUGACCAUAUUAAUCGUGGGCAUGACUUUUGCUGUCGUGUAAGAUAUGAGCCUGGGACUGUGGUUAUCUGGGAUCAGAGAGUUACGCAGCAUUCUCAGACGCUGGACUAUGCUGCUGGAUCGAGGAGGCAUGCGUUUCGUUUGACGCCUUUGGCGAAUGUUCCGAUUCCUAGUUUCGUUGAGGAGGAUGAUGGGGAGUGUGCGAAGGAUGAAGGUCGGAUGUUGCUGAAUCUAUGCUGA